AUGGCCAAGCCUGUCAAUCAAGACAAAUUCGAACCAUCUGAAGUCUCCUUUGGUGCUGGUGCACUGUCAGGCAACUAUGAUGAAUUUACUGAAUCAGACACUGUUGAGGCCUGUAAAGAAGCUCUCUCAUCUGGCAUCAACUCAUUUGAUACCUCUCCUUACUAUGGCAAAAGCGAGUAUAUCCUCGGCGAUGCUUUGCUCAAAAUUCGCGAUGAAUUUCCUAGAGAAAGCUACUAUCUAGCCACCAAGACAGGCCGUUUUGGUUACACUGUCAAGGAAAUGGACUACAGCGCAAAGAAGACAUACGAGAGCGUUGCUGAGAGUAUGAAGCGUUUGCACACGGACUAUCUCGAUGUUGUUUACUGCCAUGAUGUUGAGUUUGUAAAGUUUGAAGAAGUCGUUGGUCCCAACCAAGCAUUGGAAGCAUUGUUCGAUCUGAAGUCCCAGGGCAAGAUCAAGUACGUUGGCUGUUCUGCCUAUCCUUUGGAUGUUUUGUUGAAGGUUGCUGAAUACCAACACGCCAAGGGCCAACCUUUGGAUAUCAUUCUCUCUUACUGCCAUUACACACUCCAAAACACUCUCUUCGCAGAGUAUGCUCCUAAAUUCAGAGCUGCUGGUGUCAAGUACUUGAUGAAUGCUUCUCCUCUUUGUAUGGCCUUGUUGCGUGAUGCCAAAACACCUGACUGGCAUCCUGCUCAUGCUGGUAUUCGUGAAGCUGCCGAUAAAGCAGCUGCUCUGGCUGCUAAAAACGGAUUAUCCAUCUCUGAUUUGGCAUCUCGCUUCUCUUUCCAAGGCAGAGAUGAAUUCCAACUGGACUCUACUGUCAUUGGCCUCGCUAGAAAGUCUGAAGUGCAAGAUGCGAUCCGUUGCUGGAAGGAUGUCAAAAACCGCAAGAAUUCUGAACUGGAAGACAAGAUCUUGGAAGAGAUUCAUAGUUACUUUGAGCCUUAUAAGAACUUCUCAUGGCAAAGCCCCACUGAUAAAGAAUUAUGCAAAGCUUAA